CACACACACACACUUGAUACACAAUCCACCCAGAGGCUCAUCUGAUGUGUUUCUGUUUCAGAUUAACUUGUACUUGAAAAUGGAAAAGAAACCGAAUAAGAAAGAAGAACUUACUCUGGUCAACAACGUCCUUAAACUGGCCACCAAAUUACUGAAGGAGCUGGACGCUCCGUUCCGUCUCUACGGUCUGACCAUGAAUCCUCUGCUGUAUAACAUCACUCAGGUGGUGAUUCUGUCGGCCGUGUCGGGGGUCAUCAGUGACCUGCUGGGCUUCAACCUGAAGCUGUGGAAGAUCAAAUCCUGAGUUCAUCUUCAUCUCAAACACAUGGUGGCGCUGUUUCCCCUCGACGGGCUCCUGACGGGGAACUCUUGACCCGGUGUGCGGUCAUAUCAGAGUGCUUGUGCAAUUCAGCUAUUUAUUUGACCCUUUCAGUGUUUCUUUUUUAUUCUGAAGUAUUUGUUUUAGCUGUUACGAUGUUUUUAGUAUUAUUUUAGCUUCUGAUGUGACGUUCUCAUAGGAAAGAUGAUCAGCGCAGUCUGAUCUGAGAUCAUUCAGUGACCGAAACUGAAGAGAAAGGCCCCAUCAUUACGUGACGCAU